UAGAGUUACUGGCGGAGUGUCAUUUUCAUCUUUCAUUCACCCUUAAACCUUAAAUUCCUUUGGUAGUUGGUCGGAUUGAGUUGAGUUGCGUUUUCGUUAGCAUUUCCCGGUCUUGGAGUAAGAUGUUCACAGUGGAUGCCGCCGCUGAAUCAGAAGUAACCAACGAGACUCCAUCGAAUAGCCAAUUCCACGAGCAGAGGCUGGUGGAGCACUUCUGCCGGCAGACGCAGCUGCUCAAGCUGGUCGAGGGCUCCGCUGGCCGCUUUGUGGCGAACUAUCGGAGCUCCCGGCGGCCGGAGGACCUGCUGGCCCCCAUCCAGCUGCGCUUGGACUUUGACUACGCCCGCCUGCUCGACAUCUCGCCUAGAUUGCUCCAGCUGAUCGUCGAGGAGCCGCUGCAGUUCCAGGAGGCCCUCCGGUACUCGAUCUACGGCCUGGUCAGGUCACAUCUCAGGGACGCCGGCCUGAAGCCCAUCGACAUCAACCAGCUGCACGCCCAGUGGCGCCUGGUGGGCCUGCCUCCCAGCCCGGGCCUCCAGUUCGAGCCGCGCGAUCAGGCGCUCCGCCUGGGACUCUCCCAGGUGCAGGGCAUCCUGGCCGCCUUCACGCCGCAGGAAACACUGGUCCUGCAAUCGAUUUGGUACUGCGGCAGCGGCUGUAUGCGCAAUGCCAUACAGACCAGCUCAACGGAUGCUCCUCUGUGUUCGGGCUGCUCGAGGCCCAUGAGUGAAUACCAAAAGUUGCGCGUCACAGAAACCUACCGAAUCCUGGCCAUCCUGCCCAGUUCUGCAAUACAGACACCUCGCACCACCGGCUGCCUUCAUCGCCCCAAAUUGGUCCGCCUAAGAGCCCACGCCCACGACUGUGAAUUAAAGUUGGGAUCUAGCUACCUCGUUACCUGUUACUUCGCUGUAUCGGCCAGCACCUAUCAACUGGAAGCAUGCCAUCUAGGAAGAGCAAUCUAGAGAACAAGGCCCGUCGCCGUCGCAAUCCCGUGCAGCUCAACGAUUUCCUGCGCGGCGAUGACGAGCAGUUCCAGGCAACAACAUCCUCAACUAAUGAAUCUCAAAAUGCCAACAAAAGCUC